UGGGAGCGAGGAGGCGCGGGCUGCGGGGGCCGAGCCUCCCCGGCGCAGCAGCCAAGCCGCGCCCGGAGGAGCUCUUGGAAGGGCUCCCGCCUGCAGCUGGGGAAUCCGCUGGCGGGGAGAAUCCGUGCCAGGGAAUCCAGCUCUCCGGACUCAAGCUGCAAACAAAAAGCUCAGGUCUUGCUCCCUCCCUCCACGGCCCCCCCGCCCCCGACGCGCACCCGGAGAAAGUUCUGCAAAAAUGCAACAAGUAGCACCCGGAGCUCGCGGAGCGCCCUGCGCCGCCUGACUUGGCCAGGCAAAGCCCGCCUGCAGAGACCCGGGCCAGCCACCGGACAAAGGGCGGAGGAGGGGCUGGACGGCGCUGCUAAGUCCGAAAGAGGCCAUUUAGCGACUCUGGCCAGGCCAAGGGGAAUGCAGAGGAGACACAGAGCCGGCGGGCCAAGAGGACGAUCGGGCCGCAGAACGCAGGGCGGGCGGCGAUGGAGGCUGCCCGCGCCUUGCGCUUCCUGCUCGUGGUGUGCGGCUGCCUUGCGCUCCCGCCGCGGGCCCAGCCGGUGUGUCCGGAGCGCUGCGACUGCCAGCACCCCCAGCACCUCCUGUGCACCAACAGGGGGCUCCGCGCCGUGCCCAAGACCAGCUCGCUGCCGAGCCCGCAGGACGUGCUCACCUACAGCCUCGGCGGCAACUUCAUAACCAACAUCACGGCCUUCGACUUCCACCGCCUGGGGCAGCUCAGACGGCUGGACCUGCAGUACAACCAGAUCCGUUCUCUGCACCCCAAGACCUUCGAGAAGCUCUCGCGGCUGGAGGAGCUCUACCUGGGCAACAACCUCCUGCAGGCGCUCGCCCCGGGCACGCUGGCGCCGCUGCGCAAGCUGCGCAUCCUCUACGCCAACGGGAACGAGAUCAGCCGCCUCAGCCGAGGCUCCUUCGAGGGACUGGAGAGCCUGGUCAAGCUGCGGCUGGACGGGAACGCCCUGGGGGCGCUGCCGGACGCCGUCUUUGCCCCCUUGGGUAACUUGCUCUACCUACAUCUGGAGUCCAACCGGAUCCGUUUUCUGGGCAAGAACGCCUUCGCCCAUCUGGGGAAGCUGCGCUUCCUCAACCUCUCUGCCAACGAGCUGCAGCCCUCCCUACGCCACGCGGCCACCUUCGCACCGCUGCGCUCUCUCUCCACCCUCAUCCUCUCGGCCAACAGCCUGCAGCACCUCGGGCCGCGCGUCUUCCAGCACCUGCCGCGCCUUGGCCUACUCUCGCUCAGGGGCAACCAGCUCACGCACCUCGCGCCCGAGGCUUUUUGGGGGUUGGAGGCCUUGCGCGAGCUGCGCCUGGAGGGCAAUCGGCUGAGCCAGCUGCCCGUGGCGCUGCUGGAGCCUCUGCACAGCCUGGAGGCGCUGGACCUGAGCGGCAAUGAGCUGUCCGCUCUGCACCCCACUAUCUUUGGCCACCUGGGCCGGCUGCGCGAGCUCAGCUUGCGCGACAAUGCGCUCAGUGCCCUCUCCGGGGACAUCUUCGCCUCCAGCCCAGCCCUCUAUCGGUUGGAUCUAGACGGCAACGGCUGGACCUGCGACUGCCGGCUGAGGGACCUGAAGCGCUGGAUGGGUGACUGGCACUCGCAGGGCCGGCUCCUCACCGUCUUCGUGCAGUGUCGCCACCCUCCGGCCCUGCGGGGCAAGUACCUGGAUUACCUGGACGACCAGCAACUGCAGAACGGGUCUUGCACAGAUCCCUCACCUUCGGUUUCCCCGACUGCCGAGAGCAAGCGGCAUGCCCUACCCACAGCCCCGGGGGAGGAGGUGGCGCCCCCUGCAGGUGCCCUCGCGGAGCAGCCGCCGCCGCAGCCACAGCCACAGCAAAGGGGUCGAUUUCUGCCAGGGGUGACCUGGGAUGGGGCCGCCAGGGAGCUUUUGAGUAACCGCAGCGCCCUAAGGCUGAGCCGGCGGGGUCCGGGCCUCCAGCAGCCGAGCUCCAACGCCGCUGCUGCCGCGGGCCCGGCGCCACACCCCCUGGACCUCCUCGAGAAGCCUGGGCGGGGACGUCCGACUCCGUCGGAUCCAGCCCACACGGAGCCCACCCCGACGGCCACGCUGGGCUCUGCGCCAGCCGGCGACCCCUGGCAGCGCGCGGCGAAGCAGCACCUGGCUGCGCAGCAGCAGGAGAGCACCGCCCAGUCCGACGGCGGGGUCGGCCUGCCGCCGCUGGUAUCCGACCCGUGUGACUUCAACAAGUUCAUCCUGUGCAACCUGACCGUGGAAGCGGUGGGCGCCAACAGCGCCGCGGUGCGCUGGGCGGUGCGCGAGCACCGCAGUCCCCGGACGCUGGGCGGCGCGCGCUUCCGCCUACUCUUCGACCGCUUUGGCCAGCAGCCUAAAUUCCACCGCUUCGUCUACCUGCCUGAGCGCAGCGACUCGGCCACGCUUCGCGAGCUGCGGGCAGACACCCCCUACCUGGUGUGCGUGGAGGGCGUGCUAGGCGGCCGGGUCUGCCCGGUGGCUCCCCGGGACCACUGCGCGGGGCUGGUCACCCUGCCGGAGCCUGGGAGCCAGAGCAGCGUCGACUACCAACUGCUGACCUUGGCCCUGCUGGCCGUCAACGCACUGCUGGUACUCCUGGCCUUGGCGGCCUGGGCGUCGCGCUGGCUGCGUAGGAAGCUGCGGGCCAGGCGGAAGGGCGGGGCCCCCGUCCACGUUCGCCACAUGUACUCUACCCGACGGCCCCUGCGCUCCAUGGGCACCGGCGUGUCUGCCGACUUCUCUGGCUUCCAGUCGCACCGGCCGCGCACCACCGUGUGCGCACUCAGCGAGGCGGACCUCAUCGAGUUCCCGUGCGACCGCUUCAUGGACAGCGGGGGCGGCGGCGCGGGCGGCAGCCUGAGGCGGGAGGACCAUCUCCUGCAGCGAUUUGCCGACUAGAGCCUGGCAAGCUUAAAGUAGAGUUCCUGGAUACCUGCUUAUUAACGAGUGCUGCAAGGCAGCUAUUCAACCUUUCCCACUGAGACACACAUGCCAGACUGUUCACGUGAAAUGGAGGAGCUUAUCUGACCACAGAUCUAAAAUAGUUUCAUUACCUUUUGAGGAGCGUGACCCCGCAAGGCAAGAAAUGUGGAUUCCUUCUCCCAAGUUCCAGUUUCGCCAUUUCCGUAUUUGUUGAUCUUGUUCAAAAAUGUCCUUUUUAAGGCAAAUCCUAUUUUAUAGAGCACAAUUACGAAAAGUCACCCUGGUGCCUUUUAUUUUUACCAGAACCUCGUGUCAAAAUAUUUAAGAUGUUUUUUGAGAUCUAGAUAGAAUACAAAAUAACAUAAAAUAAAAAUAGGCACAAGGCAUAAGGCAAAAGGAGAAAAGGAAAGGGACAUAAAACAGAGCCAGACUGGAGACAGCCCACAGAGCUCCUAAGGAAAAUGAAGUUCUGUGAAACUUUUGACGAAUCAUAGGUUUAGUUUGGAGUUUGCUAGCAAUUGAAACAAAGAAGAAACAUGGUAAGUUCCAGGAGUCCCAGGUCCUUAAGACACAAACUAAUCAGUAGUGAAGGAGAAACAACAGCUUCUGGGCUGUUAAGACAAGAAAAAAUUGUCCCCGCUUGUGGCUUCUAGAUCAACUUAAGAUGUUAUUCAUCCCUUGCAGAGGAAGACAGGGUACAAGUGCUGAAACACUCCUUUAUCCUGGGCUGGAGGCACGGCAGCUACUGUCAGUUAAUCCUCCAGAAGUUUUCAUCAUCUGUUUUUAGUUGUCUCCAUUUUCUGUCUGCCCAGAUCUGGACCCCAGCCUCCCCCUCUGCUUCCAGGGCUCUGACAUUCACUCCAUUUCUUUUGGGUCAGACCGUGCUCAGUGGAAUGGCUCUAUAAGACUCUUGCAUGUUCCUACUCUAGUGAUCAGUAAUACAGUUGUGCCCCCUCCCCACUUAGGGCAUGUGCAUUUAUAUUUUGUUCUCUUAAAGUGGCAGCUGGGCAGAUGGGUGUCAUUAGUCAUUUUUUAUAACAAUUAUUCCAUUUCACUCGGUUAGCAUCUCCUCUGACUUCUCACAGUAUUUACAAAUUCUCCUUUGGCCACGCAGAUCACAAGUGAA